AUGUCAGCUGAUUGGCUCUUUCCCUCCACAGCAACCACCCAAUCAACUGUGACAACCGCAACAACCGUCGAAUCAACUGCGUGUCCAGCAACAACCAGCCAAGCGGCUGUGUCCACCGUUGUCGUGAGGCUGACCCUGGACCUGGUGUAUAGCACCGACCUGGCCAACCCAACAUCCACAGCCUAUCAGGAGCUGGAGCAGCUCAUUCAGGCACAGCUACACCCUGUUUUGGGAGCAGCGUACACUAUCUUCAUUUGUUUAAGUGUAACAAGCUUCAGAUCUGGGUCCGUCAUCACUGACAUCGACACAUUCUACAGCGCGACCGCGCCCACUGAAGAGGAGAUCACGACAACUAUCCAGGAGGCCAUUGACACCGGCUCAAUAACACUCGACAUCACCACGUUCCAAGUGAACCCAGUCACUACAACCACGACAAGCAGCCCUCCAACAACCAAAGCUACGACGACCACAGAAGCUCCUGCCACCACCACCACAACCACUACAACCGCACCUCCUACUACCAUAGUAACAGACACAACACCAACGACCACCACCACCACGACCGCACCUCCAUCUAGCACUAAUGCUCCAACUACCACCACCACAACCACAACCACAACAGACGCUCCAACUACUGAAACUACCACAACAACUGCUCCAACUACCACCACAACUAAACCACCAACAGACGCGCCAACUACCGAAGCUACCACAACGACAACUAAACCUCCGACCACGACCACAACCACCACCACCACAACAAAACCGCCAACUACCACAACUACCACCACCACAACAAAACCGCCAACUACCACAACUACCACCACCACAACAAAACCGCCAACUACCACAACUACCACCACAACCACAACUACCACCACCACAACAAAACCGCCAACUACCACAACUACCACCACCACAACAAAACCGCCAACUACCACAACUACCACCACGACAACAAAGCCUCCAACCACGACCACUACCAUCACCACCACAACUAAAGCUCCAACAACCACUGUUGCUACGACUACCGCGCAGGUUAUGAGGCCCAUCAUCGAGCUGCAGGUUGUCAUUGUGAUCAUAUUCAUCCCAGAGCUGAACGACCCCACCAGCACCGCGUUCCAGGAGCAGGCACAGCUGGUCACGGCAGUGUUUGAUGUCAUCUAUAGGACCAAAUAUGGAGCACGUUUUGUGAGGACAAUUGUCAUUGGCUUCAGGCGUAAGAACCGCUCAUCUCGCAGCCUCAACCGUAUCGAGGACGUGGAAACUGACGUGGAGCUGGUCUUCAAUGAGGAGUCCACGGAGCCACUUCCCGAGGCCACAGAGGUGGAAGAGACGUUGAAAGAUGCAGUCAGCACCAACAGCUCCAACAUACACACACUCAACGUGGUGCCGACCUCUAUCAGCGUCACCAGUGUCCCCAGGUCUCUUACUAAUGUGUGGUUUGCCACCAAUGAGACCUUCAUAUCUGACCUCGCCAACUCCAACUCCACUGCCUUUAAGAACAGAUCUGCUCUCAUCGCCUCAGAGCUUGAGCCAUUCUUCUUUGAGGAUUUCUCAUCUGUGUUCCUGAGUAUGACGGUCCUCAGCUUCAGCAACGGCUCCAUCAUCCAUAAUACAGACCUGUUGUUCAUGUCCGGAAACGGGACUUUGCCUAACAGCACAUCUUUCUAUGACACAAUGCUGCGUGCUGCGCAGAGCGGAAACCUGACAUUCAACAUCAUAUCAAUCAAUGGCACAGCUGUUUCCUCUGGCAUGGCCUGCAGUGUCAACAGUGUCGUCACCUGGACUCUGGUGGGCGGGGCUCUCCUGCUACAGGGGCAGUGGUUGGCUCUGUGAAACGCCACUCACCAAACCGUCCAAUGAUGUGAGGACUUACUCACAGAGGAAAGUGAAGGGCCCAAUCCAAAUGAAGGACUAUUAUCAUAUAUAUAAGACGUUAUUUCAACAUAGGAAACCAUAACUACUCCAAAGUAGAACACAGCUG